AUGUUUCCGCUAACCCCCCCUGUUGUGAAAAGACUUCUAGGAUGGAAAAAGGGUCCCGAGGGAUCGUCUGCAGCUGAAGAUAAAUGGUCCGAAAAAGCUGUAAAAAGUUUAGUUAAAAAAUUAAAAAAGAGCGGUGCUCUAGAAGAAUUAGAAAAGGCGAUAUCUAGCCAAAACAGUCAUACUAAAUGCGUUACAAUUCCGAGAGUGAAACCAAACGAUAACGUAAUAAAUGGACAGUACAGGAAGGGUUUGCCGCAUGUUGUUUACUGCAGGCUGUGGCGGUGGCCGCAGCUUCAGAGUCAACAUGAACUGAAACCAGUCGACCACUGCGAGUUUACCUACCAGUUCAAAAAAGACGAAGUGUGCAUCAACCCUUAUCACUAUAUAAAAAUUGACACACCGGCGCUGCCGCCGAUCCUCGUGCCCCGCUGCGGCGAGGGGGAGGUGCGCGCCCCUCCGCCAUACACGGACUACCUGCACCACGACCACACAGACAGUGUGAUGCAGAGCGGCGGCGUAGUAGGCGUGGUGGGGGUCGGCCCGGGCGGCCACAGCGCUAUGUACAUGGAAGCCACUCUGGCGCAGCAGGUGCCCAGUAAUACCACCAUACAUGUUAAUUCAUCAUCGGUGGAGACCCCGCCGCCUGGAUACAUCAGCGAGGAUGGGGACCCAAUGGACCAUAACGACAACAUGAACCUAACCCGGCUGACGCCGUCUCCGCCCGGGCUGGCGACGGAAGCGGCGCCGGUACUGUACCACGAGCCUGCGUUCUGGUGCAGCAUCAGCUACUACGAGCUGAACACGAGAGUCGGGGAGACCUUCCACGCGUCGCAGCCCUCCAUCACCGUCGACGGGUUCACGGACCCCAGCAACAGCGAGAGGUUCUGCCUCGGUUUGCUGUCAAACGUGAAUAGAAACGAGGUGGUGGAACAGACGCGCCGCCAUAUUGGCAAAGGUGUACGACUUUAUUAUAUUGGUGGUGAGGUGUUUGCAGAGUGCCUCAGCGACUCAUCAAUAUUUGUGCAGAGUCCCAACUGCAACCAACGCUACGGCUGGCAUCCUGCCACCGUCUGCAAAAUACCACCAGGUUGCAAUCUGAAGAUAUUUAAUAAUCAAGAGUUUGCGGCGCUGCUGUCGCAGACAUAGACGCCUAUAUGUCUAUGCAUUGUAAAUAAAGGGCUUCAAUUGAGGCAGUUCUUCCAGCUGACGAGGAAAAAUUAUAAUAUAAAAACUUAACAUACGGAUGAGUUCAUGUCAAUGGGAUGGGGCGCCGAGUUCAGACGACAGACGGUGACGUCAACGCCGUGCUGGAUCGAGCUGCACCUCAACGGGCCGCUGCAGUGGCUGGACCGGGUCCUCACGCAGAUGGGCUCCCCGCGGCUGCCCUGCUCCUCCGUCUCCUAAAUGCCCAGGAUCAAAGGAGGUGGCCAGAAAUAUACAUAAGUAUCUUAGUGUUAAAGGUGAUACCUCCGCACGAGUCGUGUUUAUGCAUUCGCGUUCUUGUCAGCAAUAUUGUCACUUGCUAAUUUGUA